ACUGAAGAAUCGCAUCCCCCACUACGGUGUGACACAUGGCAUCCUUCCCGUUUUUAAUGACACCUGAAACUAUGAACAAAUUGGUGACGCCGAAUUCUGCAAGUAUCUCCUCGUCAUCCUCCUCUCCGUCCACAUCAACCUCAUUCUCAAUUGACACAUUGCUCUCGAACCCGUUGGCCGGAAUUCCGCAGCUUCACAAUUUUCAAGAUCCAUUUGGAGCAGUGGGAGCCGCAGCGGCGGCUUCUGCCCUGCCAUGGCAGUUUCAUCCGGCUAAUUAUCCGUUUUUCUCAAUGCUCUGCGGACCACUAAUGCCUCCAUUCAUGGCUCCAUAUCACCAUCAACACUACGCCUCCCGACGAAAACGCCGGCAUCGUACCAUUUUCAGCGAGGAGCAGUUGAACAUUUUGGAGACCACAUUUUCAACGACACACUACCCGGACGCUACGACGAGAGAAGAGCUCGCGGUUCAGUGCUCAUUGAAGGAAGAAAGAGUUGAGGUCUGGUUCAAAAAUCGUCGGGCAAAAGAGCGCAAGCAGAAGAAGGACGACAGUCGGACUUCUAAGCACAGCGGAGACGAUUCCGAAUGUGACGAGAGCGACGAGGACACCCGAAAAGUGAAACGGAUAAAACGCGAAAAUUCCAGCGGAAAAGAGACGAGCUCGCCCGAAUCAAAAGCCUCACUGAAGACAUCGCACAGCGAGAAUUUGGUGUUGGAGCCUUGUUAGCAUAUAAUUUGAAUCUCUAUUCCCCACCUAGCUGGAAAUCCAGGCCACCCCCUCUUUAUAUUCUAGUCCCCCCCAUCCCCUCUCAUUUUGUCAAGUCAAUAAAUGUAUGUGGCGAAUUAAUCCGAUUCUAA